AGAAGCAUGAGUGACAUGGCGUCUGCAGUCUUAACUGAAUUUCGCCUGGAGGGAAAACUCUGCGAUGUGGUGAUCAAGGUGGAUGACUUUGAGUUCAGUGCCCACAAGAUCAUCCUCUGUGCCUGCAGUCCAUACUUCUGCACUCUUUUCACUGGCGCCUGGGGGACCUCAGACAAACAGUUGUACACCAUUCCCGGGGUGUCACCUGAGAUGAUGAACCUUAUCAUCAAUUACGCCUACACCCGCUCUGUUCCCGUGACAGAGGAUAAUGUGGUGGAGGUUUUGGCAGCUGCGGAACAGUUGUUGGUCCCAGGGAUCGUUCAGGCCUGCUGCUUCUUCCUGGAGAACCAGCUGUGCCCGGAGAACUGCAUCGGCAUCUGGAAGCUGGUGGACUUCUACCACUGCCCUGAGCUGAAGCACAAGGUCUUCCUCUACAUCUUGUACCACUUUGAGGACAUAGCUUGUGUCUCACAGGAGCUCCUGGAGCUCUCUGUCCAGCAGCUGGCUACUAUCAUUGAAAACGAUCACCUCAAUGUGAAACAAGAAAACACAGUGUUUGAGGUUGUCCUCCGCUGGAUUGACCACUUGCCUGACCAAAGACGAGACCACAUCUCUGUGCUGUUACCCAAGGUGCGGCUAGGCUUGAUGACCCCUGCCUACCUCCAUAACACUGUGAUUGAUAGUGAUGUGGUAAUGAACAACAUUGAGUGUAUACCUAUCGUCACUGAAGCAGUCACAACACAUAACUACUCUGGGGCCAAUGCACUCUCGAAAUUUCAGUACAGAAACCUGUUGACUUGCCCACGCUUGCCUUCUGACAUUUUAUUGGUCACCGGAGGCAAAGACAUCAGCAAAGCUGCAACCCAGCUUGAGGCGUAUGAUGCCAAAGCUGACUGCUGGGUCACUGUGAACACUGAGAUUUCUCGUGCCCACCAUGGUGCUGCUGUUCUCAACAACUUUGUGUACUUAAUCGGUGGCUGCAGCCAAGAGAGAUACUUGAAUACAGUGCAAAGGAUUGACCUCAUCACCUGCUCAUGGCACGAGGUGGCGUCCAUGAACUCCUGCCGCUGCUAUGUCAGCGUUGCUGUCCAGAAUGGAUGCAUUUAUGCCAUGGGAGGCUUGAAUGGAGAAACAUUCUUUAACACUGUCGAGUGCUACAAACCUGAAACUGACCGGUGGACCAUGAUGGCACCCAUGUGUGCAAAGAGAUGUGGGGCCGGUGCUGCGGCUCUAAAUGGCAAGGUGUACAUUUGCGGGGGUUUUAAUGGGUCUCGCAACCUUUCUUCGGCUGAAUGCUACAAUCCAGAAACCAACAUGUGGACCAUGAUCACGCCCAUGCUUACCUUCCGAAGUGGCCUGAGGGUCGUUGUCUACAGAGACCACAUCUAUGCAGUUGGUGGCACUGCUACCAGGACCCACCACCUGCGCAGUGUUGAGGCCUACAAUCCCCGAACCAACAGGUGGAGACCCAUGCCAUCCAUGAACAAUACCCGCACCUACUUUGGCAUCGGGGUGGUGAACGACCAGCUCUUUGUGGUUGGAGGACAUAACGGCUCUACCACUAUGCUAGAUGUGGAGUGCUACAACGCGGAUACCUGUAUUUGGUACAGUGCCUCUAACAUUGCAUUGCCCCGUAGUGGCCUGAGCUGCUGUGUGCUGCAGGGACUCCACAGUGUGGCAGAGAAAUUGUUCCCUCGUGCCACUCUGAUGCCCCCCAAUGAGGAGGAAGUCCUGGCCUGA